CUCCUCCUCCCCUUCGGCUCUUAAAGCGGCCUCCCGGCGGCCGGGGUCCAUCCUGCGCGGCCGGGGGCUGGGGACAGGAUGCCGGCGCUUUACACGCGGAUCCUGGGUCUGGGAGCUUCCUCCUUCAAGUGCUGGUCUGCAGUUCCCGUGCGCUGGGCCCACGCGCCGCGAGUGAUCCACGGGGACCUCGGCAAACUUUCGCGGUCAGUGCAAGAGUUCGUGGAGCACGGGGCACGGCUCUGCCAGCCGGAGAACAUCCACAUUUGCGAUGGGACCGAGAAGGAGAAUGGCAAAAUCUUAAAUCUACUGGAGUCCGAAGGCGUUAUAAAACCACUCACCAAGUAUGAGAAUUGCUGGCUGGCCAAGACUGACCCGAAGGAUGUGGCCCGUGUGGAGAGCCGGACGGUCAUUGUGACGGAGAACCAGAGGGACACAAUACCUAUCCCCGCUUCGGGAGUCAAAGGUCAACUGGGCAACUGGAUGAACCCAAAAGCAUUCCAGGAGGCAGUGGAUGACCGUUUUCCCGGCUGUAUGAAAGGCCGCACGAUGUACGUCAUCCCUUACAGCAUGGGGCCCAUCGGCUCGCCCCUGUCCAAGACCGGGAUCCAGCUCACCGACUCGGCCUACGUGGUGGCCAGCAUGCGAAUCAUGACCCGCAUGGGGGCUGCCGUCCUCCGCAACCUUGGCGAUGGGGAGUUUGUCAAGUGCUUGCAUUCCGUGGGGCGGCCUCUUCCCCUGGAAGAAGAGCCGGUAAACAACUGGCCUUGUAACCCCGAGAAGACCAUCAUAGGCCACGUCCCCCAGCGGCGUGAAAUCGUCUCCUUCGGCAGCGGCUACGGGGGCAACUCCCUCCUGGGCAAGAAGUGCUUCGCCCUCCGCAUCGCCUCUUGCAUUGCCCAGGAUGAGGGCUGGCUAGCCGAGCACAUGCUGAUCUUGGGGAUCACAAACCCGGAGGGGAAGAAGAAGUACGUGGCGGCCGCCUUCCCCAGCGCCUGCGGGAAGACCAACAUGGCGAUGAUGAAUCCCACGCUGCCCGGUUGGAAGGUGGAGUGCGUGGGGGAUGACAUCGCCUGGAUGAAGUUCGACAGCGAAGGGCGUUUGCGUGCCAUCAACCCCGAGAAUGGCUUCUUUGGCGUGGCCCCGGGCACGUCCACCAAGACCAACCCCAACGCCAUGCACACCAUCCAGCGGAACACCAUCUUCACCAACGUGGCCGAAACCAGCGAGGGGGGAGUCUACUGGGAGGGCAUCGACCAGAUGAUCCCAGCGGGGGUCACCAUCAGCACCUGGCAGGGGAAGCCUUGGAAACCCGGGGACAAGGAGGCUGCCGCCCAUCCCAACUCCCGGUUCUGUGCUCCGGCCCGUCAGUGUCCGAUUAUGGAUCCGGACUGGGAAUCCCCUCAGGGCGUCCCGAUCGAUGCCCUCAUCUUUGGGGGCAGGAGACCUGUGGGGGUCCCCUUGGUGUACGAGGCCUUCAAUUGGCGCCACGGAGUCUUUGUGGGCAGCGCCAUGAGGUCAGAGUCUACGGCGGCAGCUGAACACAAAGGCAAGGUCAUCAUGCACGACCCCUUUGCCAUGCGCCCUUUCUUCGGUUACAACUUUGGCCGCUACCUGGCCCACUGGUUGAGCAUGGAAGGGCGCCAAGGCGUCCGGCUUCCCAAGAUCUUCCACGUCAACUGGUUCCGGAAGGAUGCUGAGGGGAACUUCUUAUGGCCGGGUUUUGGAGAGAACUCUCGUGUCCUGGACUGGAUCUGCCGGCGUGUCGACGGAGAGGCGAGCACCCAAGAAACGCCCAUCGGGUACAUCCCGAAAGAUGGCGCCCUAGACCUGACAGGGCUGAAGAAAGUGGACCAUCGAGAGUUGUUCUCCUUGCCCAAGGAGUUCUGGCAACAAGAAGCGCGGGAGGUGAGGCAAUAUCUGACAGAGCAAGUGAACGAAGAUCUGCCCAAGGAGGUGAUGAAGGAACUGGAGGCCCAAGAGGACCGCAUAAAGAAGAUGUAAGGGACUUUGAGGGUGGAAAAAAAGAAAUCUGACCAAAGACACAACCCCUUUCAUCUCCCGUGGGGAAAGGGAGGAGGUGAUAGGGAGGUUUGUUUACAGAAAUUCCCCUUCCCCACCUCUUGCCGACUCUGCCUCUGUGGCCCUCAGGUGUCCGCCAUCUUGUUUCCUGGGCCGUGAGGCGGCCAUCUUGCUACCUAGGUACCCCGAGCCAGAUACGCUGUUUCUUAGCUAGAGCUAGGGUUACCAGCCUCAAGGAGAGGCCUGGAGUUCUCCCAGAAUUACCACUGAACUCCAGAGAACAGAGAUUGCUCUUUCUGAAGGACACGGCAGCUUUGGAGGGUGGACUCUGUGGCCUAACCUGACUGCUGGGCUCUCUCCCCUCCCCAAACUCUGCCCCCCCCCAAUCUCUGUGAACUUCCCAAGCUGGAGUUGGCAUCCCUAGCGAACAGCCGCUUUACUGCCUUUCUGCAGCUCAGUUGUUCUUCCAUCUUGUUCUGUCCUUUGUAGUGUUACCUCUCUUUCGUUCCUGCCGUCGUCUGCUUCUGGGGUCUCUCUGUUUGAGUGAGUGAUUUUUUUAAAAAAAUCUUUCCCAGACUCUUUCUCCCUCUAAUACAAGCCUUUCCUUUCUGAAUCACUCGUGGCCCCCCUCUUAGGGCGUGCAAACGUAGAACCAGUUGCCUUUUUUACUUAGCAGCGAUGCCGAUAGAGGGGAGAUCCGUUAUCCAGUCAAGGUCUUCAAAGGAGGCAGAAUGGUCUUAACCAAAUCCCAGAACUGGCUUUCCAGUUUUAUCGUCUAGCUCAACUGACUAGCUGGUAGAAAUUCACAACUUCUAGAGCCGUUGCUAAGUCUGUCAGAUCGGAAUGGAGUAUAGGCCCACCCAGCUCCUAUAGCUGCGUAGUGCCUCCCUAUGUAUCUUCUUAACCAGAAAUUGAAUGUAAUAAUUAUGUACUGUAUCCAGCAAAAAUCCCAGUGCAUUUAACUGUGAUGCAGUCAUCAGCCGUUAGGAUUCAGAGGAUAAAUGGUUGUCCUAACUGCAGCCCGUCUAGCACCUCCUAUCUUUGUGCUCUAAAUGGUUGUGAACAUUCCAUGACAUCACAGCAUCUCAGCCAACCGCUCGCAAGCUCUCGUGAGAUGGAGGAACGCGACAGGCGAUUUUUUGAGCCUACACACAAAACAAAGCUGUGAGUUACUGGAAGAAUUAGUUAAAGGAUGCACUUCUCCCACCCCCCCCCCCACAAACUUGCCACAUGGGUCUAUUAUGGGGCACUCUGCUGAUAUGCUGAAGCCCCAGUUUUGGCGGAGAAGCCAAGGUUUCUCAGCGUUGUGAGCCUACUCAUUUUUCCUCCUUUGUCAGUCCUUCUAUUACAUUCCUGUCAAUGGAUGCCAACUGGUGGAUUUCAUCCUCCGGGGGUUGCCAAUCCCCAGGUACGGGCAGGGGAUCCCCCGGUUUGGAGGCCCUCUCCCCGCCUCAAGGUCAUCAGAAAGCGGGGUGGGGGGGAAAUAUCUGCUGGGCACUCCAUUAUUCCCUUUGGAGAAUAAUUCCCAUAGGGUAGAAUGGAUAAUUGAUCUGCGGGUAUGGCGGGGGGGGCUGUUGUUUGAGAUAGAGGCACCCCAUUUGCAGCAUAGCAUCCCGUGCCUCUCCCCAAAACACCUUCCAAGUUUCAAAAAGAUUGGACCAAGGGGUUCAAUUCUAUGAGCCCCCAAAGAAGGUGCCCCUAUCCUUCACUCUUUCCAUCGGAAGGAAGGCAUUGAAAAGGUGUGCGGUCCCUUUCAGUGCGGUGGCCAGAACUCCCUUUGGAGUUCAAUUCUGCUUGUCACACCCUUGCUCCUGGCAUUGUCCACCCCCAAUGUCUCCUGGCUCCGCCCCCCCAAAUGUUUCCUGGCUCCACCCACAAACUCCCCAGAUAUUUCUUGAAUUGGACUUGGCAACCCUAAACCCUCCAUUCUAAGCCAGGUGUCUCCUAUAUCGGGGUGGCCAACGGUAACUCUCCAGAUGUUUUUUGCCUACACCUCCCAUCAGCCCCAGCCAGCAUGGCCAAUGGCUGGGGCUGAUGGGAGUUGUAGGCAAAAAAACAUCUGGCGAGCUACCGCUGGCCACCCCUGUCCUAUAUGGUGCCUGUGAGUGCUAGGGAUGCCAGCCUCCAGGUGGGGCCUGGGGAUCACCUGGAAUUCCAGUUCAUCUGCAGGCUACAGAGAUCAGUUUCCCUGGAGACAAUGGAUGCUCCACUGAGCUCUCUGCCUUCCCCAGGCUCCACCCCCAAAUCUCCCGGAGUUUCCCAGCUUGCAUCUGGCAAUUCUACCUCACCAUCCCCUGCCAGAGGCCGGGGGGAGGGCAUGGCAACUACCAUGUGUUUUUAUAAAGUAGCCAGGUGGGACUUGCUCAUUAGGCAUUGGCAGGGGUGGAAUUCUAGCAGGAGCUCCUUUGCAUCUUAGGCCACACCCCCUGGGGUAGCCAAUCCUCCAAGAGCUUACAAAAAAGAGCCUUGUAAGCUCUUGGAGGAUUGGCUACAUCAGGGGUGUGUGGCCUAAUAUGCAAAGGAGCUCCGGCUAGAAUUCCACCCCCUAACCAUUGGAGAUUUGAUUGGCUGUGCAGAUUUUUAAAAGUACUGCUUUGGCAGCCGCCGCAGCACAAGGAUCUUCACCGUGUGACUGCAGGUUAACUGUGGCAGCCAUUUUGUGGCUGGCUUCCUCUCCCGUGGCAGCCAUUUUGUGUACACAUUUUAAAAGGAUAUGCAAACCCUCUGUGACCUUGUACUCUUCUUCCAGCCUUCCCCCUUCCAGCAGAUGUGGCAGUUUUUCAGGCUAGGAUGGGACCUGAGUAGGCAUAGACGUGGAGGCAUGAGGAGAAGGGGAAAAUAUCAAGGACAUUUUUACAAUUAUUUUUUCAGUAGUGGAACUGGAACCAGGACUGAGGGAGUGGUUGGAAAGAAACACAGGUGGAGAGCUAAAUAUUUGGCUGCAACUUAAUUCAGGUUGUUUCUUUUUUUAAAAAAAUAAAAUAAAACAUAUUUUGUUAGUAACACGCAUUAAUGAAAAUAAAAGUAUAAAGAAUAAAA